AUGGCACCAAUUGAUAUGGAAGGUGUAGAGAAGUACGAUUAUAUUGUUAUUGGAGGUGGCAGCGGUGGCAGCGGUGGUGCCAGACGAGCCGCUGGCUGGUACAAGGCAAAGACCCUGAUUGUUGAGAAUGGACGGUCCGGAGGCACCUGUGUCAAUGUUGGAUGUGUACCAAAGAAGAUGACCUGGAACUUUGGCUCUAUCAACGAGCACCUUGAACACGCCAAACACUACGGCUAUGACGUCCCCAAGAACAUCAAGUAUGACUAUGGUUAUUUCAAGCGCACCCGAGAUGCCACCAUUGAACGGCUAAACGGCAUCUAUGAGCGCAACUGGAACCGUGAGGGAAUCGAUCUUGUCAAGGGAACUGCAAGGUUCAUCGAACCCAAGGUCAUAGAGAUUGAUAUGAUGGAUGGUUCUGGAAAGAAAACUGUCACCGCACCUCACAUCCUGAUUGCUGUGGGUGGCUAUCCGAUUAUCCCAGACAUUCCCGGUGCUGAGCAUGGAAUCACCAGCGACGGUUUCUUCGAAAUCGAAGAGCUGCCUCCCAAGAUUGCAGUGGUUGGAGCCGGAUAUAUUGCUGUUGAAUUGGCCGGUGUCAUGAAUACUGUUGGCGUCGAGACACACAUGUUCAUCCGUGGAGAUACCUUUUUGAGGAAAUUUGACCCCAUGAUUCAGCAGACCAUGACGAAACGUUAUGAGGCUACCGGCAUGCACCUCCACCGAGGCUAUACGGGAAUGAAAAAGGUUGAACUGCUGAGCUCCGGAAAGGGCGCCGAAAAGCGUCUCAAACUCACAUUCGAUGACGGGUCGGAAAUGGAGGUCAAUGAGCUUCUUUGGGCUAUUGGUCGUGCCCCAGCAGUUUCAAAGCUGGGUCUCAAGGAGAUUGGCGUCAAGCAAAAGGACAGCGGCCACAUCAUCGUCGAUGAGUUCCAAAAUACUUCUGUUGAUGGAAUUUACGCCCUAGGCGAUGUAACGGGUCAGGCAGAGCUGACUCCAGUCGCCAUUGCUGCAGGCAGACAACUUGGAAACCGCCUUUUUGGCCCUCCAGAGCUCAAGUCCUCCAAGCUCUCAUAUGAAAACAUCCCGACUGUCGUCUUUUCUCAUCCUGAGGUCGGAACAUCCGGUCUUACUGAGCCAGAGGCCAUUGAAAAGUAUGGCAAAGAGAACCUCAAGAUCUACCACACCAAAUUCACAGAUAUGUUCUUCAGCGUUUUCCCAGCUGAGGAGAAAGAGAAGAAUCCGACCGAGAUGAAACUUAUCUGUGCCGGACCCGAAGAGAAGAUCGUUGGCUUGCAUAUUCUUGGCCUCGGUGUUGGUGAGAUGUUGCAAGGCUUUGGUGUCGCAAUGAAGAUGGGUGCCACCAAGAAAGAUUUCGACUCUUGUGUAGCCAUUCAUCCUACCAGUGCGGAGGAGUUGGUUACUCUACGAUAA